UGUCUUCCGCUGGGCGGGAGGGCCCCUUUCUCUUCCUGCCGGCCUGGGGCUGUUCGAUACAAAGCCGCUGAGGCUGGUACGAAGUGCAGCGGGCGGCCUGGGCCAUCCGUACCUGCUGUGCUGCUGCUGAGCUGCGCGUGGUGUCAGCAGGUGCCUUUGCACAGCGGAGAGGGAGCUGGAGUUGGCCAAUUCAGGCUGUCACCGGAAUUUGAGUCUACCCAGAAACGUGCCUGUAGGAAGGAGCGUUAAGCAAUGGCUCGGUCUAGUCUCCGCAUUACAUUCCCGAACGAAACCUGCGCCCUCAGCGUGCUGCUGGCGAAUGCCGUCAAAAUUACAGCUUCUUCUCUCCAUUUGCAUGCACACUGGAAUAGUGGCUGGUUUAACCAUUGCAAGAGUUAAACCAACCUCCCACAAACAUGGCAGACGAGGACCUUAUUUUUCGCAUGGAAGGUAUUGAUAAUGCUAGAUCAGCUAAAGUGAACUCUGGAAAUUAUCCUGAUGCUGAUAGUGAUGACGAAGACAAUUAUUACAUCUGUCCAAUAACUGAUGAUCCGGUUUCUAACAAGUCUUCCAGUAUCAAAGUUGACAAUUAUUAUAGCAACUUAGCAAAAACUGAACAGUACAGUUCAAGCUCUUCACCUAGCAACUCGUUCCACUUUAAGGAAACCUGGAAACAUGCUAUUCAGAAAGCUAAACACAUGCCCGAUCCCUGGGCGGAAUUUCAUCUUGAGGACAUUGAGACAGAAUACGCCACUCGUUACAGGUACAACGCAGUUACUGGGGACUGGGUUGAAGACGAAGUCCUCAUCAAGAUGGCUUCACAACCCUUUGGUCGCGGAGCGAUGCGGGAAUGUUUUAGAACGAAAAAGCUGUCCAACUUCUUACACACGCAGAACUGGAAAGGUGCCUAUAACUAUGUUGCCAAGCAAUACAUAGAGAGCGUAGGCAGGGAUGUGUAUUUUGAGGAUGUCCGACUUCAGAUGGAAGCAAAACUCUGGGGAGAAGAGUACAACCGGCACAAGCCACCAAAACAGGUGGAUAUAGUACAGAUCUGCAUUAUUGAAAUGAAGAACAGGCCUGGAAAGCCUCUCUUUCACCUGGAACAUUACAUAGAGGGAAAAUACAUCAAAUACAACUCCAAUUCUGGAUUUGUGCGAGAUGACAACAUUCGUCUUACGCCGCAAGCCUUUAGUCACUUCACCUUUGAGCGCUCAGGACACCAACUGAUUGUUGUUGACAUCCAGGGAGUCGGAGAUCUAUAUACAGACCCUCAGAUCCAUACGGAGAAUGGUACGGACUUUGGAGACGGCAACCUAGGUGUUCGAGGUAUGGCCUUGUUCUUUCAUUCCAACAAGAUUUGUAAAAGCAUGGGGCUUGCACCAUUUGAUCUCUCAUCCAAAGAGAGAGAUGCCUUGGAUUAUAAUAACACAUUGCUUAAAUCCGCUCAGACAAUUGUGCGCGGCACAGAGGAAAAAUGUGGAAGCAGCCGGGUGAGAACGAUCUCUGGUAGUCGGCCUCCUCUGCUUUUCCGCCUGUCUGAAAACUCUGGAGAUGAAAGCAUGAGCGACGUGGCGUUUGACUCUUUACCCUGCUCACCUUCCUCAGCAACACCUCACAGCCAAAAGAUGGACAUGCUUAAUUGGCCUGUGUUCAACGAAGUAGAUAACUUGGUUCACAAAGACUAUGAUCAGCUUGAUAAUCAAAGGGAUUUUGAAAAUGGUGGAGACAGUGGAUAUCCCAGUGAAAAGAGAAGUGAGCUAGAAGAUCUGGAUCAUAGAGAGAGGGGCCAUUCAAACAACAACCGAAGACAUGAACCCGAUGAAGACAGUUUGGGAAGCUCUGCAAGGGUCAGUGUGGAGAAAUGGAAUCUCUACAAUUCUUCCAGAGUCCACAUCCACAGACCAUCCUGUGUUGCUCAAGAAAUUCAGAGGCUCAAUGCAUUAGAACUUGAAAAGAAAAUUGGGAAGUCAAUCCUUGGGAAGGUUCAUUUGGCCAUGGUUCGCUACCACGAAGCUGGGCGUUUCUGUGAGAAAGACAAGGAGUGGGAUCAGGAGUCAGCUCUGUUUCACCUGGAGCAUGCUGCAGACUGUGGGGAGCUGGAAGCCAUUGUUGGGCUGGGACUCAUGUGCUGUCAGCUGCCCCAUCACAUUCUUUCUGAGGUCACCCUGGAGGACACAAAGGAGAACAGAAGAAAAGGAUUUGAUUACUUGCUGAGAGCAGCAGAAGCUGGAGACCGGCCUUCCAUGAUUCUGGUAGCGAGGGCGUAUGAUACAGGCGUAAAUCUUGGUUCAGGCAGAGCGCAGGAUUGGAAGGAGGCGCUGUACUGGUACAAUGCUGCACUGAACAUGACUGACUACGAUGAGGGAGGUGAAUAUGAUGGUACUCAGGACGAGCCCCGGUAUCUGCUCCUGGCCAGGGAAGCAGAGAUGUUAAUGACAGGAGGAUUUCACUUGAACAAGGAUCCACAGAAAUCGGGUGAGCUGUACACAGAAGCAGCAGAAGCAGCAACAGAAGCCAUGAAAGGCAGACUGGCAAAUCAGUACUACCAAAAAGCUGAAGAGGCUUGGGCAAUGAUGGAAGAAUGACAUUGCAAUUAUGCAGUUCUUGUAUAUAAAAUUUUUAUAGACUUACUACGUGUGCCGCUAAAAAGAUGUAUUUUUAUGUGCUGUUACCAGUUUGUGUUUUUCAUAUUUUAGUUUUCUAACUUUAUUUUGAGGGAAGAAAUCCAAAUAUAGGUAGUAUGUAGGGAACCAUAGUGUACUUUUACCUAUGUUUUAAAACUGUAAUGCCGGUAUAAUUGACCUUUUAUAUUUUUUUUUAACUGUUAGAACCGAGGGGCCCGAUUUGUUUGAGAAAAAUUAGACUAUGUCUGUUUACAUUGCACACGUCCAGCUUUUUACACAGCAAACGAUCAGUGUGUUCACAUUUCUCUUCUCCCUGCCUACAAGAUAAAAAUACAUUUUCCUACAUCCACAUCGUUUCUUCAUUCUUGGUGUAGCUCAAGUUUAGUUGUUGUCCUUUGCAUGUAAAUGUAUAUUUUCAAUUUAAGCAUGUAAAGCAUGCGACCGCUCAUAAGAAGUGGUCCCAUUCUGUCAAGCUAGUGUUCUUUGGUUCUGUUGAUAUUCUUCUCAAACCAAUUCUAGAUCUAAUCUUUACAAUUUGAAAAUAAAAAAAGUUGCUUCUAAUUGGCACCCUGGAUAUUCAGGGUGGGAUAUGUGUUUUAUUCAUCACCAGCAGUGCAUAUUUUUAUGAUCAGAACAUCACUAAUGGUUCUGAUGAGGUGAGGCAUCCAGCUACCCCUCUCAUUUCAACAUUUGUGCCAUAUAAUAGCCUAGUUGUAUAAAAUCAUAAUGAUUUUUUUGUCCAAUGAUGUACAGUAACAGGAUCUGUAACAUAUUCGUAGUAUGUAGUUAUUUUUACAGUGCCAUCUCAAUUUGCAGCAAAGCUGGAUCCUCUCACUUAAAAUGAGAAUUCACUUCCCACCAUUUCUAGAGGGACAUUUGAAAAGUCUAGAGAAUGUUUAUUCACCUGUUUCUGUGUAUAGAAAAUAAUUUAUCUAGUCUAAAUAAUUUCAUGUGUCUGAUCUGCUGUCUCAUGGUUCAGGAAGUCAUUUCACAUGAUACUGUUUGAUAGAUUUGAGCUGAUCAGUGAAGAAUAUACACAUAGCUUUACGAACUUCCAGAUUAUACCGGAUAACUUACUAAAUACUACCCUAUCGUACAAAGCUGAUUUUCUGUGGUAUUAGAGAUUCAUAUUCUGGAGUUUUGCACCUACGUUUUAGCAUCCUCUCUUACGGUUUACAACUAAAUUUCCUAAAAGACCUCUCCUCUUCACAAGAGACUGAGAAUUGUUGUAAAUGUCAGUUAGAAGAAAAGGCGCUUUUGCUGGUUACAAGGAGAAAACAUUAUUAUUCCCAAACACUUGAAUUUCUGUAUCCUGUUUACAUGCUCCUAAACCAGUAAUGGGAAGACAAAUACACCACGGUGGUUGAAUUAUCAUUACACAGAGAGAGCUUUCUUUCAAAUUCAGUAUUAUAUCCCAAAGCCCCAGCACCAUCUAUACAGGUGUUAGGGAAGCUGGCCCUAUUACUUGGUCUGGGUUAACGGUAGUGUUGUAGGAGAGGAAGAUUCAAUCUUUCUGCCUUCUUGGCCAUGCAGUGCCCUGAGGAUGUUAGACUGGUGUGAAUAAGGGGCAGCCGCUAUGGAGUGCUGAAUGAUUGUUAACGCUCACCAGCCUCAGUCUAGUAAAGCUAGAAAUAAGUAAGCUUAAAAUUAAGCAGACGGUUAGUGCAGUUGAUACCAGUGGGACCCUUUUUAUGCAUAUCCAGUUGGAAAACGCAGAAGCAGUCCAGGGAGCAGAAGUCAGUUCUCCCACUGACUUCCCCCUGUGACUGAUGCGGUCACUGGGCUCCAAAGGUGUGCACCCUAUUUUACUCUCUUUCUGGCAAGAGGAUCUUGAGUUACUUUUUCUAAUUGGUAGCCCGUCCUUACGGCAGUAACAACUGUCACUGCCUGAAAGAGGUAAUAGGCUGGUAAUUAAGGAAGUGAGAUGGAAAGAUUUGAACCCUUUCUACAAGAGAAGAAAAAUGAUCUUGGAUCUAACGCUUCUGGGUAGGUGCUUCAACCACUGGGGAGUUUUUGCAAUGAGUGGCCUUGCAGCUGCCAUGUCUUCUGGCUGUAUAACGGAGGGGACGAGGGGAAGAAAUGUUCAUAACUUCUUUUUCUGGGGAGGAGAGGAGCCUGUUCCGGAGAGGGUGUCAGAUACUAGGUGAAGCUUUUCACCCAUUAGGGAGGAAUGUCUGAUUUCUAGACCUCAACUGGGCUUAGGUAGAUAAUAAGCUAGGUACUAAAGUACUCAAAUUCUUUGGACCUAAGAUGCUGAAAUUGAACCGGAAUUUGUAGGAUCGCAACGUAUGUGAAUGCUUUAAGUGCCUAUCCACAGUUCUGUUUUUAGGUGCCUAACGCCUCUUUUGGAUGUGACCUUUUGCUCUUUCAAUUCAUAGCCCUAAAGUAGCAGCUUUCGAUGAAAGGUAAACGUGUCCUUCCUGCCCUUCCUCUCUGCAGACAGUUGAACAGUCAGAGGGUUUUGUGCAGGACUGAUACAGUGCAGGCACUAUAACACACCCAGACAAAGGAUUUGUUUUCCCUGUAAGGUGUUGACGCCAAGUCUUUGAGAUUUGCUUUAAGAAAGAAGCACGUGUGUUACAACCCUGCCAGCCUUGUAGGGAGGAGAGGAGAUUGAUUGUGUCCAUCCAAAAUGUGAGUAAAGGACUUUGAGUAUAAUUAUUGAAACUCUUUGACAAAGUUUAAUUUGCUAAGUUCUGUAGUUGCGAGAGUUGCUGACAGUUCUCUCUAGACCUGGUGUGUAAAUGCUUGGAAAAAUAUGAUUAAUAUUUUUAUUGUAAAUGUUACUUUUUUAAUGACGUAAACUGCCUUCUGUAGUAAGGUGGUAUCAUAUUUAGCUAUACGGUCAGUAGGAGUUUGAAUGAUUUAAAAACGAAACUGGUUUACAGAAAUAUGCGCAACUUAUUUUAUGACACUCUUGAAGAGAAUAUGUAUUUGACAGACUUUUGGAAUGAUAUUGCUAUAUGCUGUAUUUUUAAUCUAUUCACAAUGAACAAAUAAAAAUUAUAUUUUUAAAAAAUUUGAACAUAAAUUUGAGUCUCAGCCCUGCAAAACUUACCCAGAUGCAGCGUUCCUGGGGUAAGGACAGCGAGUUGGAAGCCUUGUUUGUGCGUCAGACGUGCGAGUACUGAUGGCUUGCACCACUUAAGUCAUGUCGUUCACUUCAUCUGGAUUCAUUCUGGCUGGUCAAUAAAGUUAUUUUUUGUCACUUU